UAGGCUGGUGACGUCGCAGAGCAGCAUGGCGGCUCGCAGCUAGCGAAAGAAUAAAAACAACCCCAGCGAGUGAGACAAAGUGUAAAGAGUCCCAACGCGGAUAUAUCGCCACGACCGAGUUGUUUGCCGAUCCGUGGAGUUGUUAAUGAAAUAAUGCGCAGGGGACAUGAUGAGUUGAGCGCAGUGUUGGUGCAGCAUGUCAGAGCAGGGGACGCAUGAUGCUCACUGUGGCUUCAGUGAAGUGUGGCGGAGUGUGACCAAACUCUCUCACAACGCACUGCAAGAAAGCAGAGCCGGACAGCAGGCCUCUGCAACAACAGCUCAGACUUAUAAAGAUUUACAGAGCCCUAAACGCAUACCGUGCAGCAGAUACCCUGGCUUGAAUAAUGUGGACUCUCCAGGUGACGGAGAACCUUCACAAGAUAUUAUCUGGGAUCCCACAUCUCCCCCUCAUGCUGACGGGAGGGGGCUCCGAAACACCAUAGUGGUGGAAAUAUCAGAUAUUGUCAACCGUAUUGCUCCAAAGGAUGCAAAACCAGCUGGAGUUGAAUCCCCCCUGCUGCAGUGGAUUGGCGACAGUGCUGUACCAUGCACUCCAGAGGUUCCCCAGCCAAGAGUCAGGAAGAAGUCCACUCGGCAAAGCAAUGUGGAGGACCUAAUGAAACUGGCCAGACAGUUUGACAAGAACAUGCAGGAAGACAGUGAGACAUCAGAACAGCUUAAUACAAUUAACACUAACGUCUCUGAAUGUGGGAACACUUCUGAAACAAAACCAGCUGAGAAAACAUCCCCAAGCUUUGUGAACGAACUGAAAUCUUCAUCCACAUCAGAUCAAGUGGAGGCUGAGCUGCAUGCUCUGUUUGACUCUUCCACUCAGAAAGUCAGUGGCCGGCUGAGCCAGGGUUCAUCAGUAUCUGCUUGUUCACAGGAGCUAAAAGGACAACCUCAGACUUCAACCACCGGUCAGCCUCAACAGUCAGUGGUGAAGUCGACUAACAAGCCUGAUCUAUCUGCACAUCUUGCCACAAAUAAGGAGAACAAAUGUGAUGAGUUUGAUGAUGACUGGGAGAAUGAUGACCUACUUAAUGACUCUUUCGUGCUGGCAAUGACCCAGAAUCCUGACCCACAACACGGCACCUUACCUGAAAUCACCUUGGAGACUAACACUAGGCUGAACACUACCGAAAAAACUUCAAAGUCCACUGUAAAUGUGCAGUCUUCAUAUGCCUGUCAGACUUCAAGGCUGCUCCUUAAGCCAAGCUGCAGUGCCCUCCAGGAAUUGUGCCCCAAACCAAAGACUUCCAGUAGAAGCACCUUCAAGUUAGAGCCCAACCCUCUCUUCCAGGCCAAGGUGGCUACAGCCAGAGACGUAUCCAAGCCUAACCCUACUGCAGUACAAUCUUCUAAAUCACAGACAUCUGACAGGAAAUAUGCCACCACAAAGCCAGCCUCAUUUAAAGAAGUAUCUCCUCCUCAGCCUCACAAGAUAACCUCUGGCCAGGUAGUUAAGUCGGCCAGUGUAGCUGCAGACAUUUCAGAUACAAACAUGAAGACCCUUUUCAACUCUGAUUGCAUGUGGGAUGAUGGCAAUGAUGACGAACUUCUCUACCAGGUGUGUGACAAUGUGGAAAGGAUCUCCAGCAGUCAGCCAGAGCAAACAACCCCUACUGAUAGCAAAGAAAAACAAGACAUUGCUGGAGACAGACAUCUAAAAACAACUGUGCCUUUGCCAAUUGAGAUUCCAAGCUCCAUUAGCACCAAUACCAGUACCACCAACAGACAGACACAUGCUUUUGUUCGUUCUAACUCAUUACCAGGGAUGAAUUGUGAAACCGAGAACAAUCAGGGAUGGAACAUUCCCAUGAAAGGUACUGCUAGUAAACCACAGAUGUCUCAGAGCCUCCCUGGGAGUCGUGUGGGUCUGAGCACAUUUAGCCAGUUCGGGGACUCCUCUGGAUCUUUCCAGGCCACGAAUGCGAAUGUGGAUACACCAACACGUACAGUGACAGCAAGGCCACCACAGAACUCCAAGUCCCAUCAUGCAUCCUUCAAGAGAAACCUGUCAGACUCAGUGGCUCUGAGCAGCAAAGUAUUCGUCACAAGCCAGAUGACGGGGAAGUGCUCCGCAGCCGAGAUCGAGAGGAAGAAACAGGAAGCUUUGGCCAGGAGACGACAGCGAAUGCAGAACACCCCAAAACCAUAGCUUCUUCCUAACUGCAGGGACACUGGGAUCAUACUACUAAUACAGACACUACCUUACCGUAACUGAGAGGUCACAGGUUCGAUCCCAAGCCAGUAACAACAGCGAGUGCAUCCAACAGCUGUGCAUCCUGUCCAAGUGUCCUUAAACAAGACAUUGAACUCUUAAAAAGACAUUGAAAUAGAAAUUUAAACGUGACAUUCAGGUACAAUUUUACAACAAAUGUAGUUUGCUACUAGUCACACUUGACUAAUAAAUGAGUGAAGAGAAGUCCUAACAUACCAUUUCAAUGGCCCAGGCCCAUCUUUAUUAAGGCAGGUAAUAUUAAUAGUUCAGUAUUACAAUACCAACAUGUUAAGGUUCAUUUGAUUUACUUUGUACAGUAAAGACCUGGUUUCUGUUGAAGACAAGUUAAUUCCUGCUGCCCUUUUUAGCUGCUAAUGUAAAAACAUGUUUACGAGAAGGAAAUAUUGUGGAAGCUCUGACGUAAGCCUCAGACCUGAUGCUCGGAUAAUAUUGAAAGCAUUUUUCCCAACUGUUUUUAGUCUUUAAUUUAGGGAAAUAGUUUUCACACAGUAAGGUCCAAAAAUCAUUCCAAAUGCUACUGACUACCACUGACUAAAUGUUUCCAGCAGUGUCAUUUCAGUUCUUUGCACCUAUUUUGGCAAAAGAAAAAUAUUUUUUUGCCAUAAGUCAGCUUCAUCAUAGUGAGAUUUUUCAGACUGCCAUGUUAAAGGUUGUGUGUUGCUUAUGUGAGUGGCAUUUAAGUCUUUAUCUGACCCAGCUAAAAUAUAUGGUUAUUGACAUCACUGUUACAGUGGACACCAGCAGUGACUGCUGUAUUCUGUAUAUUUAGUAAGAGAAACUGUAUCUGCUAUUUGUGUGCCAGGGGUUGGCAUUUCAUGACAUAAUUGAUUUCUGACCUUUUAAUUUCUGGCUUGCCUCAGAAGUGAAUCAAGAUUUUCUGAUUUUGUAGGACAGUCACAAAUCAGUAGAUUUCAAUCUAAACUUUUUAGUCUGCGUCUUUGUUUUCCUUUGUAUUUUUUGUUUUGCAUGUCAUGAUUUUAGUUAAAUCCUUUCCAUUUUGCACAGGUCAGAAUAGUGAUAUAAAGACAGUAUUAUGCCACAGCUGUGUAGCCACAAUUUACUUUAAUAAGCAUCCUAUGCACCUUGCCAUUUGUACACAUGUCCUGUUAUCAAUAAAUAACAGUUCAUCCAUUAAUAAAAACACACCAUGAAAAUGUA